AUAUGAUCUCCAUUCCAAGGUCAGCUUCCUGGCAUUACAGAGGAUGAAUUGCUCUGUCAACAACAAUAAAGCCCUCACCAAUGACCUUUGGUCUUGUGUUCCAAGAUGUCGACUCCCAAGGAAAGAGUUGAAGCGCUAGGGAAGCAGCUGCAAUCGGGUGCCACUUUCGAGGGCAUGCCGGUUGUGAAAACGGUCGCGGGUUCUGCAAACGAAUUGCGAUUGGAUAGCAAAGUGGUAAUUAUCACUGGCGCCAAUUCGAUACUCGGAAUUGGUCGAGCGAGCGCGCACCAAUUCGCCGCGAAUGGCGCCAAAGCCAUCUACAUCUGCGACUACGACGAGAGUAACCUGGGUAAACACAAGCGCGAGAUCAACUCUAUAUAUCCCAAUGUCCAUAUCCACGUUCGCCGUUUCGAUGCCGCAGAGGAGAAGGCGGUGCAAGAGGUCGUGGAAGACGCGAUAAGCAAAUACGGAAGACUCGAUGUGUUCUUUGCGAAUGCUGGCAUUGUUGGCCCGCAUGCACAUUUCAAGGAUGUGUCGAAGGAUGAUUUCAUGAAAGUAAUGGAAACAAAUGUCGCAAGUGUCUUCCUCGCGGCGAAACAUGCAGCCCCGGCCAUGAUGAAGACAUCAAGCGACAAAAAGGUCUCGUCUGGGAGCAUCAUCGGCACCGCUUCAGUUGCCGGGAUCAGGUCGAACGCCGGAUCAACACCCUAUUCCGCAGCCAAGGCAGGCGUCGUGUCGCUCGCGCAGACUUGCGCAUACCAGCUUGCUGGAACCAACGUUCGCGUCAACGCAAUAUGUCCCGGCAUCAUCGAGACGGGCAUGACGGCACCGACUUUCGAAGCAGCGCGAGCACGGGGAACGGAGAAGAAAAUUGGGCAGCUGAAUCCCCUGAAGCGAUAUGGUGUCGCCGACGAGAUUGCACGUGUCGCAUUGUUCCUCGCGAGUGAUGAGGCAAGUUAUGUCAAUGGCCAGGCUUGGGCGGUCGACGGAGGCCUCAGUGCAGGUCAUCCCUAUGUUAUUGGGAAACUGGCAUAAGGGCAGUGAGGUAUCAUUUUCAUUGAGGUACUGGAUCGUGGAAAAUAGGUCGAACUCUGGAUGGCGUUCGGACGGAUGUUCUCCCUGGAUCGGGAUGUCAUGUUCUUGGACGGAAGGCG